GAAGCUGAAGUUGGCGGAUUAGCUGACAGCUAAAUGAGUUAUCUCGUUUUUGUUGUUGUUGUUGUUGUUGUUGUUGUUUUUAAAGGUCACGCGGCUCUCAGGAUGGCAGCACGGCAAAUCGAGACUCUGUUUUCAUUCGAGCUUUUUGUGCAGAAUAUCCGAAUCGAGGUAGAAAGUAAAGCCUCCGACGAGCUGGCUCUCGGUGUACGGCUGCUGGACUUUCCAACGUUGCUCAUUUAUCAGCCUCAGCGGGGCCGAGGUGGCGCUCACCAGCAGGGAGAGUACGCCUUCAACAGGGGCAAGUCCUGUUUCUUCAAAAUGAACCUGAACUCGCUGCACACCCAGCUGUCUAACAGCCCUCUCUAUGCUCUGGUGCUGGAUGUGAAAGAGGAGAUCCCCAGAUUAGUCGGGACCUCACUCAUCUCACUGGCUAAGGUGAUGGCCAGGAUCAGGCAGGAUGUGACUGAACGCGGCGCUUCUGCUCCAUCCUCUCAUGGUGAAAGGGGGCUUGUUGCUAUAUGCAACCUCACGGGGGAGAAAGUCGGAUCUGUUUCCUUGAGUUAUAAACUUCUAAGUCUGGGAGUUAGUUUGCUGCCACAUGUUCCCCACAGGGGGGGUCUUGAAAGCACCAGUGCACACGGAGAGCAGCGUGAACAGGAAAGCAUCCCAGAGAAAAACGUGUCUGCAGAAUUAUUGCCUCCUGACUGUGGGAAUGUGUGUUCACCCACACCGGACGAGUCUGACGUUAGCCAGGACAUCCAAAACAAAGAGCCACCAAAUGAGGUUACUUUAAUAAACGAGGAUAAACAGGACCGUGGUGUUUGUGUUGCCAUGCAGACUGAACACAAGGGAAGACGUCCAAUGCCUCAGGCACUGAAAGAAAACAGUUUUGAAGAAGAUUUAACCAUAUAUUGCCCGCCACAUCUCUUCUACAGUAAUUCUGCGGAGGAAAAAAGCACGAAUGAAAGCGAUAAUUGCAAAUUCCUGAAUCUAGACUCCGAGGCUUUUACAUUUGAAGACACGUUCUCGGAGGACGAGACAGCUGAAAAUAAAAUGGAAAGUUCCCUAAUGAUGGACCAGAGAGUGGGACAGGGUGUAAAAACGUCAAGAAACCAGGAAACAAGUGGGGCGACUCCGGGUGUCCUCGGGGAAGCUUUACAACAGUUGCCUCUACUGAAUGCUCUUCUUGUUGAGCUGUCGCAGUUAAAUAACCAGAACCCACACCAGCCCUUGUCUAUUCAUCCCAAUCUAGCUUGGAUUUACAGGCCUGCUUCCACAGAGCCUUCAGACGGGCACGGAAACACAACACGAAACACGCAAACCAAAUCAGCACAGAAAACCAGACUGGGGACUAGUGACCAUUUAAAGCGUUUACAUUCCCCCAGAUACUGUUCUACACCAGUGGUCAGGCCAGCAUCUGUAAAAGUGAAAGACAAACAAGAAGAGGGUUUGAUUGAGAGCGAACGGUCUGCUGCAUCUCAAAGGAAGAAGCUCGUAUACGGGACAACUAAAACGUUUAAUCUAAGGCUGAAGCAAAUAUCUCCUCUUAAAGUAAAACACCGUGAAUGCGUGGCAUUAAUCCAGAAUCAAACACAGUCAACGGCGGCCAAAGGAAAGACAAAGUCAGGUCAUAAGAAGUCCAGUAAAAGAAAAUCAGCGUUAAACCAGAGCUCCAGCCUGAAUGAAAACAUUGAGACAGUGAUACAAAGCAUCACAGUGGACUCUGCACUACAAGAAACAAUCAGACUAAAGCAGAAAAACCUGCACGGGGAAGUUCCUGGCGAACAAGACAACAACAGACACUCGGAGAAGCCUUCCCCUUCUGAAAGAGGCCUGAAAUGUAUUCACAUCCCCAGUGUGGAUGUAGCCCAAAACAAAGACAAGAGCGAGCGUCGCAGUGAAUCAGAUCAAUCACAGUCUGACAGGCACGGGGGGAAAAAUGAAUCUUCAGGAAGCAGCAGACGCAGCAGCCCGAAAUCUUCAUUUUCAGACUCCAGCGGGGAAGGGAACGAGGAGGCAGACUACGCUGACGACUUUAACAGUCUGGAGCCCAGUGAUGCCUACUCCCCUGACCCCGCGAGUAGCCCCGAGCCCUGCAGAGCCAAGACUCCCAGGUCCCCCGUCCGCCCCGACUUCUGCAACUCGGACUCUGGCUCUGAAGGUUUCCGGAGGAGAGCGGUCCUCCCCGUGCCUGUCAAAGCCCCCAGCUCUCCACAGCGAUCCCUGAGGGGCACACACAUCGUCCGGCCUCGAACCCACGCCUCGGCCCUCAGCUUUUCCUCCGAUGAUGGUGACAGAGACUGGUCUGCUUCCUUACAAACCGUAUGCUCCAGGAGACAGAUGACGGGGAGCGGGAGAGUAGAGAGGAGCUCCGGCGCUGACAGUUUAAUAUCAUCGAGAGGUCAAAGGAGCGAGUCGUCCAAGAACAGCGGCCCGGUUCGAGGGGUUUCUGCAGAAUCGAUAUCCUCCUUUGAACCGCAGGAGGCAGAGGAGCUGGAGGAUGAGCUUGGGUCUCUAGAUUUUAGAAAGGAGUAUCAGCAUAUCUCUAAUCUAGUGGCCAACAAACUCCCUGGUUACACUAUGUAAAGAAACAAUAUACAGUUCCACAUUAUGGUUACAUAAAACAGAUGUAGUGUACAUUUUUAAAUGUGUAUUUGUGUCCGUUUUCAUUUCAGUUAUGAUGUCUGACAACCUUUU